UUUGGGAGGAAUCGAAAAAUGACUAAAUGACGUCUUCCUCUUGACUUCUGUCCGAAUGCCCCGAGUUUUACUCCUCUUUAACACAUCAUCUCUUGUUUUGUUUUGUGUAUUAUUUACACACUCUCCGAAACACAAAAAUAAAAAUUAAAAAUCAAAGAUGAUAAGUUGUUUCAUCUCUCCUCUUCUCUCCUCAUAACUCUUCCUUUCAAUUCAAAUCACUUCUACAACCGAGUCUUUCUUUGCCGGACGUUUUGUCUCUAUUCACCGACUUCAAGAAACUCCAAAAAAAACAAUUCCGAUAUGAGCAAACUAGUCGUUGAAAUCGUGGACGCGAGCGACUUGAUGCCCAAAGACGGGCAAGGCUCAGCGAGUCCAUUCGUGGAGGUUGAAUUCGACGACCAGCGGCAGAGAACGCAAACGCGGUUCAAAGAUCUAAACCCUCAGUGGAACGAGAAGCUCGUUUUCAACGUCGGUGACUUCAGGCGUCUGACCAACAAGACUAUCGACGUCACCGUCUACGACGACCGCCGUGAUAACCAGCCGGGAAAGUUCCUCGGCCGCGUAAAAAUCUCCGGCGCCGUUGUUCCGUUGUCGGAAUCUGAAGCCGACGUGCAGAGGUAUCCUCUAGACAAACGAGGUUUGUUCUCUCACAUCAAAGGCGACAUCGCUCUUAGAAUCUACGCCGCUCCUGUCGACGGCUCAGAUUUCAUUCCUCCGCCGGUUGAGGAGUUCGCCGUGAAGGAGACCAAGGAGGAGAAGCAAUUCGAACCUCAGGAGUUUCAUAAUCAUAACCAAAACCCAAACCAAAACUCAUUCGAAGAGGUUUACGUGGAGACGAUGAAGCCAAAGAAGAAGGAGAAAGAAACAAGAACUUUCCACUCGAUAGGAGCUCAGCAAUCGUUUGAAGCAAAGCCACCUUCUCACCUUCCUCCUAACCAACCGGAGUUUAGGUCAGAUUUCAUGAGAGCUCCGGGACCACCGCCUGGCGCGGUGAUGCAGAUGCCGCUGCCGCCGAGGCAGAAUCCUGAGUUUCAGCUCAUCGAAACCAGUCCUCCGUUAGCAGCACGGAGGAGACAGUCUUACUAUUACCGGAGCAGCGGAGACAAGACCUCGAGCACCUACGACCUCGUGGAGCAGAUGCAUUACCUCUACGUCAGCGUCGUGAAGGCUCGAGAUCUCCCUGUGAUGGACGUCUCCGGUAGCUUAGAUCCUUACGUGGAAGUGAAGCUUGGUAACUACAAAGGCCUGACGAAGCAUUUGGAGAAGAAUCAGAAUCCGAUCUGGAAGCAGAUCUUCGCCUUCUCUAAAGAGAGGUUGCAGUCGAAUCUUCUUGAAGUCACUGUUAAAGACAAAGAUCUCAUCACCAAAGAUGAUUUUGUCGGAAGGGUGUUGAUCGAUCUCACUGAAGUUCCUCUCAGGGUGCCUCCGGAUAGUCCUCUGGCUCCACAGUGGUACAGGCUUGAGGACAAGAAAGGGAUGAAGACGAACAGAGGAGAGGUCAUGCUUGCUGUCUGGAUGGGAACUCAAGCUGAUGAGUCGUUCCCUGACGCUUGGCACUCGGAUGCUCACCGCGUGAGCCAUUCGAACCUCUCCAACACUCGGUCCAAAGUUUACUUCUCGCCGAAGCUGUAUUACCUAAGGAUUCAUGUGAUGGAGGCUCAAGAUCUUGUGCCGUCUGAUAAAGGAAGAGUACCUGAUGCGAUAGUUAAGAUUCAGGCGGGGAAUCAGAUGAGAGCGACGAGGACGCCUCAGAUGCGGACAAUGAGUCCUCAGUGGGGCGAGGAGCUUAUGUUUGUUGUGUCUGAGCCGUUUGAGGAUAUGGUGAUUGUGUCGGUUGAUGAUAGGAUUGGUCCUGGGAAAGAUGAGAUACUGGGGAGGUUGUUUAUACCUGUGAGGGAUGUUCCGGUGAGGCAAGAGACUGGGAAGAUGCCUGAUCCACGGUGGUUUAAUCUUCAGAGACAUUCGAUGUCUAUGGAGGAAGAGACUGAGAAGAAGAAAGAGAAGUUCUCUAGUAAGAUUCUGCUUAGGCUUUGUAUUGAAGCUGGGUACCAUGUUCUUGAUGAGUCCACGCAUUUCAGCAGCGAUCUUCAACCGUCUUCAAAGCAUUUGAGGAAGCCGAGCAUUGGGCUUCUUGAGCUUGGGAUUCUCAGUGCUAGGAACUUGAUGCCUAUGAAAGCUAAAGAUGGGAGGAUGACUGAUCCCUACUGUGUGGCUAAAUAUGGGAACAAAUGGGUGAGAACGAGGACUCUUUUAAACGCGCUUGCACCUAAGUGGAACGAGCAAUAUACCUGGGAAGUUCAUGAUCCUUGCACGGUUAUAACAAUUGGAGUCUUUGACAAUGGUCAGACCAACGAUGGUGGUGACUCCAAGGACCAGAGGAUUGGGAAAGUUAGAGUGAGGCUAUCUACGCUGGAGACAGACCGGGUUUACACUCAUUACUACCCGUUGCUGGUUCUUACGCCCGGUGGUCUAAAGAAGAACGGUGAGCUUCAGCUAGCUCUGAGGUACACUUGCAUCUCCUUUGUUAACAUGAUGGCUCAAUACGGAAGACCGUUGUUGCCCAAAAUGCAUUAUGUUCAACCGAUACCAGUCAGGCAUAUCGACUUGCUUAGGCAUCAGGCGAUGCAAAUAGUUGCAACAAGACUAUCAAGGUCCGAGCCACCUCUGAGACGAGAGGUUGUGGAGUACAUGCUUGAUGUAGACUACCAUAUGUUCAGUCUCAGGAGAAGCAAAGCCAAUUUCAGCAGAAUCAUGUCGCUUCUCUCCUCGGUCACUCUAGUCUGCAAGUGGUUCAACGAUAUCUGCACAUGGAGAAACCCGAUCACAACCUGUCUCGUCCAUGUUCUGUUCCUGAUUCUUGUCUGCUACCCAGAACUGAUUUUACCCACAAUCUUCCUCUACCUCUUUGUGAUAGGCAUGUGGAACUACCGGUACAGACCGAGACACCCGCCUCACAUGGACGCUCGUGUGUCCCAAGCGGACAACGCUCACCCAGACGAGCUUGACGAGGAGUUUGACACUUUCCCGACAAGCAGACCUGCAGACAUUGUCAGAAUGAGGUAUGAUAGGCUAAGGAGUGUCGGUGGCAGAGUCCAGACAGUCGUGGGCGACCUGGCGACACAAGGAGAGAGGAUCCAAGCCUUACUUAGCUGGAGAGACCCGAGAGCAACUGCUUUGUUCAUCGUCUUCUCGUUGAUAUGGGCUGUGUUUAUAUACAUCACACCGUUCCAGGUGAUUGCGAUCUUGCUCGGGCUGUUCAUGCUGCGCCAUCCACGGUUCAGGAGCAGAAUGCCUUCAGUACCUGCCAACUUCUUCAAGAGAUUACCAGCCAAGUCAGAUAUGCUACUUUAGGUAAACCUAAAAACAUCAUUGUAUUUGUAAUAGUGUGUAUGAACAUAAGUGGAGAAACUUGUAGAGUGAAGCCAAGGAAACUAGUUUUGCCUGAAUGUGUAUUCCUCAAUAUUAUGUAUGAUGUUCCAAUAUUCUACCUCUAGUGAAAUAAAUGAGCCUACUCUUUUUCACAA